GUAUUUAGACAGUCAAACCCUAUGUGUUAUUAAAAAUUAGUGAUUGAAAGCCGAAAAUUAGUGAUAAUGUGUAACUUGCAAACUUUCUACAAUGAUCUCAAAGCCGCGAUUCUCAAUUUUAGAUUGGACUUGUGUUGUUUUGUGUUCAGUGUUAAAGCUGGAAUAUUGCUGUGUGGAUACUUCAAUGUCAUUUCAAAUAUGAUAUGCCUGAUAGCAGUAUCCACCGGGGUCUUCCCUCCGCUCAUGAUGAACGCGCAGCAAACCUACAUGGACGGAGAAUACAUCAAGUCGACAUGCGCCUUUGCAUACAGCGCCGAUCUGUGCCUGGCUGUGCUUCUACUCUGUGCUAGAUAUCGGAAAGACAUCGUGCUACUCACAUACUACACGUACUGUGGCUUGGCUAUGCUGGCUUCUACCAUACUAGUCUACUCUAUGGUCAUCGGGGUUCUGAGUGUAUUACACACCUGCACACUGGUUAUAAGCUUGACAUACCAGGUCUACAUAAUUCUAUUAGUACGCAGUAUGAUGGUAGAUUUAAAACACGAAGCAGACAGAUUUGAAUAUUUCUACCAAAAUUAUCCAGUCUAUUAUAAACACGACAUUGAAGCUCCCGGUGACUAUCCUCUAGAAACAUAUGAAAUGUAUAGAUCUAGAAAGAAUUCAGAGAUCGUACCGUCUGCAACAACUCUACCUAAGAUAACGGCGAAAGAAACAGUAGAAGACACUAUAGAAUCAAACACAAAAGAGGUUAAAGCUAUUACUGAACCGAAGAAAACAGUUAAUACUGAGGAACCAAAGCCAAGUGAUGUUAAAGAUGCUAACGAGCCAAAGUCAAAUAAAACAGUUGAAGAUAUUCAACCAAUGACCAGCAAAACAGUAAAGGACGAAACUUCAAAGAUAGAAGCAGCACCAAAAACAAUGGAAAAACCAAUGGCAUUAAGGUAUCCUUAUAAAUUUAUUGCAAUCAAAGUGACUAAAGAGGAACCGAUUAAAGAAGAAAACGAGAACGAACAGAAAGAGACGGAGAAAGUCGGCGUCAAAGAGGAAACUAAAGAAGUAGAUAAACGGGAAGAAACGAAAGAGGUAGUUAAAACGGAAAAAACAAAAGGAGUAUCAAAAAAGAAAGAGACUAAAGAAGUAGCUACAGGGGAAGAAAAAAGAGAGGUAGUUAAAGCGGAAAAAUCUAAAGGAGUAUCAAAAAUGAAAGAGACUAAAGAGGUAGCUAAAGGGGAGGAAACAAAAGAAUCGGAUAAGAAUGUUAAGAAACAGAAACGGUCGAUAUUUGGAAGGAAGAAAAGAAAAGAUGAUGAUGGUAAAACGAAUAAAGACUCAUACAAGAAGAAUUAGGAUUUGAAAUGAAAGAGUGAUUAGGAUUAGGAUGAAAGGAAAGUGUGAAGAAUAAGA